AUGCCUGACGGACGUGAUCGUUGUCCUACAAUAUUGCCAGCGCCACAUCCUGGGACCCGUGGGUCAACGUUCGUAGACCCAAGAGACGUGGGUAUUGAUCCGGACACAGGGAUUAGUACGAAUACCAACGCGCACAGCGACCCAACCCCAGCACGCAGGAGUGCUCGGCAAAGUCGACGGUCAGCCAAAAGUAGCCCUUCUGCAGGAGCGGGUCCAUCAACAGAAGCGGGUUCUUCAACAAGAAUAGGUCUAUCAGCAGGAGCGAGUCCACCGGGCGCAGCGGGACCAUCAGGGGCAGCAAGACCACAGCCAGCACUACCCGACAUUCCAAGACGGCUACACAGAAAAAAAGCUCGUACUAGGGCGGAACCGUCACCAGGAGCGGGACCGUCAGGAGCGGCAGAGCCACAGCCAGCAAUACCCAUCAUCAUCCCCACGCCCCGACCAGGUCGUCGUAAGCGUCGCCCAGAGGGGCCUGCCAUUGUCGAACGCCCGCACAGUGUACCCCAGCCUGGUCUAGAUGAGCCGAUCGAAAGAUCCCCUUCAGUAAAAGCGCGUAGCCAGCACCGUGCUCCAGCCAGCGGAUCGACCACUCCGCUCCUACCCGCAUACACGAGAGGUCGGCCCGCAGACCCUUCCAGCCGCUGGGAAUCUAUGCUCGUUGAACAAGCGCAAGAGGAGGAAAAGAUAUUGGAGAAGACGGUGGUAGAGUUCAUCCGGCUCGAUAAAGGCCAGCCGUCGUUGGAUCCAGCGUAUGAUGGCUUGAACUGGGGCGAGACGUUCAACGCUGCUUCCGCGACUUUGGAGCAUGCGAUGCGUAAGAUUUUGUAUUAUGAACGGGAACUUCGCCUUUUGGGCGUCUCUACGCGUUCUCCGGGCCCGGACAGAUUUCGACUUCACCGUAUACCGUCUCGCCUGCAUCUGCCUGCUCGGGGAGACCGUGGGCCUUGCGUUGAGUAUCGCAGACCUAGGAGCCCGGGAGGUGAUAGGGGUGCUGGUGCUGGUGCUGGUGCUGAUGGUGGUAUUGUUGGGGGUGGUGCUGCUGGUGCUGGGUAA